GGCGUUCUGUUUGUUUCCCUUUAUGAUUCAUUAGAUAACAGAGGAUAUAUUUGGGAUGGAAUUGAAUUGCCAAACUGCUGCAGAUGUUGUACGAGAAUUGACCUCAUCCAAGGAUACUGGUGAAGUUGAUCCAAUCCAAUGGCAUGUGGAUCUCCAUUGUAGCAGUGAAAAAAAACUGAAGAGAGUAGGCCUCCUGUAUGAUGAACAUCGGUCUUACUUCCAUCUAUCUAAGCCUGAGAAUGAGUCUCACCCACAGACAUGUCCAGGUGGACUACUAAGAGUUCAUGAUUCUGAUCAUUACAAGCUUACUGUCAACUUCAUCCCAUCACAUUCUGGCCUUUUCAAGCAGUGGCUUGUCUUUGACUUUGGUUGGAACAGCAAUAUCCGACACCUGGCCUAAACAGAGAUCCAGCAAUGAUUGGAGAUGUACAAAGUCUUAGCCGGAGUACAUACAAACAAUUCAUGCAUGAUAUGCUUACAGAGGAAGAGAGAGCUUGUAUGGAGUUGGUGGCCAAGUACCGAACAGUUACCAAGAUAAAAGUAUCCCAGCAAGUUCAACUGGAAGAUUCCCUCAUAAGUGCCCCAGUAGGAGAACUGUUUGGGACUAUCUCCCUUGACAAGCCACUUCAUGACGAUUCAGAAACUUCCCGUCUUGUCCACGAGUUGGUUGAGACCGUCUUCAUCAAAUUUCACGAGCAGUCUGAAGAUGUGUACGAGGCUCCAAAGGUUCAGUUUGAGGAGGAUGUCAUUGUGGUAUCCCUAGGUCAAGCAUGUGUGAAGCAGCUUCAUUUGAAGGCUAAUAGAGAUGUUCCAGUGACCUUUCAAUGUUGCAUUAGUCGUCAGCGGUUUUUGCGGAUGCACCAUGCUGUUGACAGAGUGACAUGUAUGGACACUGUGCUACCCCAGGGACAGCAGCCCAAUAGGUUUCCAGAAGUAGAUGAGGAUGACUGCCAUGAGGGUCUGAACCUACGACAAGAGCAGGUGGUUCGUCUUAUCAAGUCAUUAGGAACUGCUGAAAAAGAAGCUACAUCUUACAGCGGUCCAACCAUGAUUCUUGGACCCUUCGGAACAGGAAAGACGCAUACGCUGGCCAAUGCAAUACAGAGAACGCUUACAGAGAGAAAAGAUGCAAAAUUUCUGAUAUGCACUCAUUCAAAUAGUGCUGCUGAUCUUUAUAUCAGAGAAUAUCUUCAUGAGUUUUGUGAAGAUAGAACUGAUAUCUGGAUGGUGAGGAUCUAUACAACGAUGCGGAAACUGAAUACCAUAAGUGAAACAGUGAAGAAGUACAUGCUUAUCAAUGCUGAAGGACCACGUUUGCCCACAGAAGAGGAAUGUCAAGAUUGGGUGUCCAGAAAAGGCCCUAGUAUAGUAGUGGUCACCCUGAGCACAGCAGUUUGCCUUACACUUACAGCAACCCUGCAUGGAUACUUCUCUCACAUUUUGAUAGACGAAGCUGGACAAGCCCUGGAGACGGAAGCUAUCAUUCCGCUUGCUCUAGCAACACAACAUACAAGUGUUGUACUUGCUGGUGAUCCCAAACAGAUGAGCCCAAAGGUGUAUUCUCCCCGUACCGCAGAUGCCAAGUUCAAUAUGUCUCUCCUGCAGCGUCUCUUCAAAUAUGACAAACAGAAUGAUUGUCAUGCAAGCUGUAAUCUGAUCAUCAACUAUCGCAGCUGCCAACCUAUCCUAGAUUUCCUAAAGGUGCACUACGGCACAGCUUUCAUGUCAAAGAGCACAAACAAGGAGCAUCCCAAUCUCUUCCCCCUUAACUUUGUAGAUGUGAGGGGAGAGGAUAGGCUUGUCAGGACGUCAUUCAUGAAUGCAGAAGAGGCAAAGAUCAUAUCAGAAUACGUCAAGUCAUUGAUGGAUCACUGGCCUGAUGAGUGGGGUAGAUGUAAACAGAGUGAUGUAGUGGUUCUAUCACCAUACAGAGUACAGGUGGUAUUAAUCCGACAGGAGAUGAGGAAGAAAGGCCUCCAUGCUGUGACAGUAGAGACAGUGCAGAAUGUACAAGGGAAGCAGUAUCGGGCCGUCUUCUUGAGCACAGUGAGAACAAGGUCCUCAUUGAAUAAGGUUGACAUCACAUCCCUUCCCCGUUUGGGUGGCCGCAAUGUGAGGAACAAGUUCUGGUACGGUUUCUUAUCGGACAAGGGACUACUGAACACAGCAUUCACUCGUGCACAGUCACUCAUAACUGUCAUGGGAGACCCUGUUGCCCUUUGCUCUGCAGGAGAAUGCCAGAAAACUUGGCAGAGAUAUAUCAAAACAUGUGAAAAGAAUGGUGGCAUCCAUAGUCUACAAGAUCUAACAAUGGCUUCUAUCCAGAAUGAAAUUGCUAGUGCCAAACAUCUGCUCAAUCCCGCUGCAAAGACGUUUGUUCCUCGAGCUUCAGCUCCCAGUGGAGCCUCCCAGAGAACAUCUACUGUUACUGGAAGAUCUGCAGUAAGUAGAGCAAUUGAAGUGCAAAGUUGCUUUCCAAGAUCUUCAAAUCAACAAAGAGAAAUGCUACCUUCAUUGGUAACUAGUGCUGCUGUAGAAAGUGAUGAUGAAGAUGAUGAAGAGGAAUUGCUUAUUGAUGAAUGGCUUCAGGAUCUGAAGAUAGAGGUGGAUGAAUAUAAAAGGUCACUUACAUUGACUGAAAACCAGAAGGAAGAUGCAUUAACACAAGGUUCUGAUGAUAGGGAUGCUGCCGGUGACCAAGGACUAACACAGCCAGCCAUACAUGACCAGGAGCUUGAAGCUGGGGUAAGAUUGCAUACAGCAGAGCAAGAAGAAAGACCUCCAUCUGCAUCAAGAACUGCAUUGCAAAAUGUAGAAAAUCCUACACGUGAACAGCUACUACAGGACCUGCACAGGAUGGAGAGGGAAGACCGUGAUGUCUACCUUGAGGAUGAGUUAUAUGAUUCAGAUGAUGAUGAAUCAAAUCUUGCUGCCACAGGUCAAGCAAGGGAGACCAAUGUCGAUGAACUUCUUCGCAAGAAUGUUAAAAGCCCUGAUAAAUAUAAAAUCUCUAUCUUCCGCCAAGAUAUCAAUGGGCGUACUUAUGCUGUUCCUCUUGACAGACAGUCAGGAGAUGAAAUAGCCAUUACUAGUUUGAAACGUCGUGGACAUGCCCUUAACAAUGAUAAGGUGCUUGUAAAGGUCUUGGAAAACAGAGAAGAACAAGAAGUAGAAACUGAUGGUGAGGGUGGAUCGGAAAGGAAGAUUUAUGGAGAAAUUGAAGGCAUCAUUGAACAUAAAGCUAAUCUCCGGUUCCGAAAAUUUGUCUGCCACCUGGAUCCUUAUAGCGACAAUGUGAUGGUACCUCUUGACCGUUCAUCUCCCAAGAGGCUUAUACAAGGAAGGAAAAGAAACAGUAAAAACAAUAAUGUUGCUGUUGUUCCUCUGUUUGAGAUAACGAGAAGGAGUGCACAAACACGGAAACCAGGUAGCUCUAGAAGAGAUGUAGAAGUGAAGUUAUCAGAAAGGCGCCAGAAAUUAUUUGUUGUUCGCUAUCUGGAGUGGGCUGAGAGAGAUCCAUAUCCACUAGGAGUAGUUGUUGAAGAGUUAGAACCAGGAGAUACACAAGAAAAUGGGAUGAACAUCCUGCGACUCGUGUAUGGCAUCAAAGCAAAAUGCAAGCGAGCUGCAAGAGAUCAAAUGCAGCUAGAGUUCCCUGAAGGAUGGUGUCUUUCAGAGAGAGCUCUUCAGAAAAGGGAGGAUUUCCGUUCAACAAAGGUUAUCUUUACCAUUGAUCCUCCUGAUUCUACAGACUUGGAUGAUGCUAUCAGCUGUAUCCCUCUUCCUGGACAACGUUAUGAAGUUAGUGUACAUAUAGCAGAUGUGUCCUACUUCAUUCAACAAGACAGUCCUAUGGACAAACACGCCUACAGCAGGGCUACAUCAUUCUAUCAUCCAUUCCAAGGUGAUGCCUAUCAUAUGCUACCAAAGGCCAUAGUCACUAGGCUUCUAAGCUUACUUCCAAAUCAAGACAGGUUGGCAUUGUCUGUCAUUUUCACUCUUGAUCAUGAAGGACAGAUUGUUGCAGAGCCGGUGUUUACAAGAUCUGUAGUUCGAUCAUGUCAGAAGCUCACCUAUGAAGAGGCAGAGAAAUUGAUUGAUUGUAGUAGUGAUACACAAUCUAAUGAAUACAUGACUGUUGCUGAUCCUGUUAGGGUCUUAUAUGCGCUGUCAAGACACCGCAGAAUGCAGCGAUUAGGUGAUGGAAGUUUGCUCUAA